UAGAACAGCCUUCUGCAAUCUAGUGUUCUCUAGAUGUCUUGGACCACAACUCCCAGCAUCCUCUAGCCAGCAUGACUGGCCUGGGGUGAUGGUGAGUUGUAGUCCAACACAUCUUUAGGGCACCAGACUGGGGAAGGUUGUAAUAUAGACUGGUUAGCCCUUGUCACCCUCACCUUGUCAUGUGUAACCUUCCCCAACCUGGUGCCCUCCAAAUAUUUUGGACUACAACUUCCACCAGGCCCGGACAGCAUGGCCAGUGAUCAGGAAUGACUGCAGUUGUAGUCCAAAACAUCUCUACGGUUAGCAAAGGUUGCUUAAAGAGUGGUUCAAGGAUGGAUUCUUCCCCCCCCCACUUUCCAAUGUAUGUUUGUUUAUGUGUACGUGAUGAUGUAUGUGGCAUAGGAUUGUAGGGAGCAUCCUUUCCCCUCCCCACUUCCUUAUUGAUAUCUGAAGGACGAGGUCCUUUGUGUAGCCUUCCGGUUGCCCUGUAGCUCAUGGGACUCCUGGAGAUCUGUGUUGUGGCUGUUCCUUUUGUGCAGGUUCUGCUUCCUCAGUGGGGCACAGGCAAAGCUUGCUGUGGGUAUCUCUGCCCUUCCCCAAAAGUUGUCAUCUAUUGUUUCCAUCAGGUGGGGUUGGGGUUGGGUGGGGAGAUAAUUGUUUGGUCUGUUUGCAUCCCUUGACAUUUACAUGUGCAGUAUGCAGGUGUCAGAGCGUGAGGGUGGAGGAGCGACCACAGGGAAUGGACUGGACAGCCCCACAGCAUCUGACGUCCCACCAGUUUCUCCUUCACCCCCGAAGCCCCCUUCCUUGGACCUCUUCAAUCUAGUAGUGUCAUAUAAGCGGCUGGAGCUGUAUGUGGAGCCAUUGCAGGAUGUUGCUGAAGGGGUGUGGUUCCUCCUCAGCUGGCAGAUGCCGCUCUGCUCCCUCCUUACCUGCCUAGGGCUCAACUUUCUGUUGCUGACACUGAGUGAAGCUGCUUGGUUCGGGCUGUUUGCCCUACUCAUCUUGGUGCCUGCCAUGCUGGGCUACCUUCAGGAAACCUGCCGCAUCCGCCUGAGUGAAGAAGAGCUGGCACGUCGGAGGUACCACAGUGUGCGGCGGGAGGAUGUGAGAAAAGUUCAGCUUUCCCGAAAUGAAGCUGUGGCCGAAGUGAAGGGCUUCUUGAUCCAACUGGAAGCCUUCCUGAGUCGGCUCUGUGGUGGCUGUGAGGCAGUCUACCGUGUCCUCUACUGGGAGAACCCUUCACUCUCCUCGCAGUUUUAUGGGGUUCUGAUGGGGUCAGUUUGUGCCCUCUACGUGCUGCCCUUGUGUUGGGUCUUCGUUCUUCUCAACAAUGCACUUUUCUUGGGCAAUGUGGCAUUUUAUCAAGUGAUGCUGGAGCUGAAGUCUGCCGUUGAGCAACGCUUGGGUUUCCGGCCCCUUGCGAAGGAUCCAGAGCCUGUCGAGCUGGAUGCUGGAGAAGUGGGAUCUGGAGCCCUGCCAGACCGGACCCCGACACCCACCAGUACAGAGGAUCUGACCCCUGGCAGCGUGGAGGAAGCGGAGGAGGCGGAGCCUGAUGAUGAAUUCAAAGAUGCUAUUGAGGAGGAUGACGACAUCUCCCAGUGCUCAGGGGAGUUUGAGCUGGGCCUUCCUGACAAUCCCUUCAUGACCAGGAACGAGGUGAUCCGCAGCAGGAUGUCACGGCUGACGGAGCGCCUGCGCAAGCGCUACCCAACCAACAACCUCGGGAACUGUGCAAGCUGUUCAGCCACCUUCUCUGUGUUGAAGAAGAGGCGGAGCUGCAGUAACUGCGGAAACAGUUUUUGCUCCAGGUGCUGCUCCUUCAAAGUUCCCAAGAGCUGCAUGGGGGCUACAGCCCCUGAUGCCCAGCGGGAGACAGUCUUCGUGUGUGGGCAGUGCAACCAAGCCCUCGUCAAGUGAGAAGCUGCUUUGGAGUCCUGUCCUCUGCUGAAUCUGCUGUGCACCUUACCUUGUACUCGCGGACACUGGGGUGGGUGGCUGGGGUGUGGGGCUAAGCGGCAGCAUUUGUGCACUCCUGCUCCUCCCUGUACCUGUAAGGGGAGGGGACUCAUGCACCUGACCAGCUAAGCACCCUGUGUGCCCCCCUCCCUGUGUUGCGAGCAGCUCAGGAGAUGUCCUGCAAUCACGGCGUAGGAGGUUCGUUAUGCACUAGACUACUGUAGGCUUCUCCCUUGCCCCCACAACGCAGGAGCAAAAAGUCCUUCGCUUGCCUGGAGCCCCGAAUUCUCCCCGGUCAUCCUCAUGGCAGCUUGGCCAUCCACUUCUUGCAGGGUCCCUCCAGACUGCUGGGCAUCUCAAGGUGCCUCUCUUCCGCUCCCGAGUGAGCUGCCUGUUCUGUGAGUGUUUUGUUCCGAAGUGGAGGCUGGGCCUUCCUUCCGAUGGCAGCUGGAGUUGGCUGUGCCAAGAGUAGGCUCUGCCGUGUCAAGAAGACCAACUCCGGAGGUCCAGCCUGGGGCUGAGAGUGCUGAGCAGCUGGACCUGCUUUCUCUCCUUUGGCCAGGUGUGGACCGCAUCACUCUCCUUUCUCCAUCUCCCUGCCAUUGACUUUGCUCUUUCUAGAUAGUUUCUAGCCAAAGCUCCACCGUCUGGCCUGACCCGGAACUGGGAACGUUGCCCUCUUCAUCCCUGCAGUGUCGGAGGGCACAGAGGCUGCUGCAGCCGGACGGAGCUCUUACUAAUCUCAAAGCCCGGCGGGAAGUGUGGGGCGUCUGCCUCGGGAGGUGGAUCCCUUCCUCUACAAGAGUGGAGCAUUUUUGGAACUGUUGCCACCUUGUAAGCAGAGUAAUAUAUAUCUUACAAUAAACCGUAUCCUCGGAGAGUGGAGACAGCA